CCCUCCCCAAUUCCCUUUUCCCCCUCUCCUCUCCUCCCUUAGUAAGGUUUCCUCUCAUACCAUUACUCUGCUCCUCUGUUUCCUCUGUUUUGUUUUUUUGCUCUCUUUUUUUUUUGGGGUUUCUUUUGGGGGUCUCAUUUUUAAGAUUCCUAAUCCCAAAACCCUCCCCCCCUCCCCUGAAUCUCACUUAAUUUGGUGGUGGAAUAUCCAUAUUCAUAUUCAUAUUCAUAAUCAUAAAUCCCCUGUUUUUGCUCCCUUUUGAUUUCUUCCUAUUUACAGGGGAGGUUCUGCCAAAAUUUCCACCAAUCUUUUUUGGAGUUUUUAAGUCCAAAAACUAGAAAUCACAUCUUGAAUUUGGACUCCAGAAAAAAAAAAAAUGAGAAAAACCUCAACUUGAUAUCAAAAUUAAAGGGGUUUAUUAUCAUCUUGCUCUGUUAUUUUCUCCAUUUCCAGGGGAGACUCUGCCAAAAUUUCCCCCAUAGGUUUUUGGAUUUUAGAUCCAAAAACACAAACAAAUUCUUGUAAAAAAAAGUUGGGUGCUUUGACUUAAGAUUCCCCUGUUCUCCCUGAGCCUAAAAAUCCAAUUUUUAUCUACUUUUUUCCCCUGUUUUUUUUUCCCCUGUUUUUUCUUUUGUGUUCUAAUUUUUGUUUCACAUGGACACCAUGAAUCCCUGCUGAUGUUUCCAAUUGAUGCCGCUCAUCCUCAGUGAGAUCCUGCUCUCGGGUUUUAUGAUCAACUCCUCCCUGCGGCGCCGAACCCCCCUCUUUCAAUCCUUCUCUGUUCUCUUCCUCUACUGGUUCUAUGUUUUCUCCGAAUUACACCACCACCACCAAAACCACUUAACCAAUCACAUAAUAACUACUACUAGCUCUAGAUCCAUUGAAUUAUCACACACCUCGUAAUCUCUAAAUUUGUGUACUCAAAAAGUUGAAAAAAGAAUGGCUUCUUCUAGCGGAACAACGACGACGACGACGACGUCGGGGUCAUCGGAGGAGGAGCUGCAGGUGCAGAUGGACGUGAAGCGGCGGAAGCGGAUGGCGUCGAACCGGGAGUCGGCGCGGCGCAGCCGCCAGCGGAAGCAGCAGCAGCUGGAGGAGCUGAAAUCCCUGCUGGGCUGCCUGAAGCAGCAGAAGCAGCAGCUGCUCUGCUCCCUGGGCAGCACUGAGUCCCACUUAUCUGCCCUGCAGGGGGAGAACUCUGUUCUCAGAACCCAGCUCCUGGAACUCACCAAUAGACUCUGCUCCUUAACUGAGAUCCUACAAUAUCUCAAUGGAUUAAAUGGAUUUAAUGGAUUAAAUGGGAUGGUUAAUGAGAACACUAAUCACUAUAAUUACUAUAAUAAUUACAACAACAAUUAUGAUAAUAAUAAUAAUUGUGAUGGGUACAGUAGAUUGGUGCAUCUGAACCAACCCAUAAUUAUGUGAGAGAGAGAGUGUUUGUGUUUUUUUAUUAGAGAGUUGGUAUUGUAAAUUUUUAUUAGUAUUAUUAUUGCUUUUGGAAGUGGUUGGGAUUGUGGGGUUUGUGGAAAAUUAGGGAGGCGGCCGUAAUAGUGGUUCUGCUAUUAUUAAAGAACCAUUUGUAUUUGUUUAAGCUUUGUUUCUUUUUCUUUUUCUUUUUUAAGAACAAGUACUCUGUUUUUGGUCCACA